AAAUGUACUUAAGUAUACCACUCAGCCGUUAUGGUAUAGUUCGCAAUUUACAGGGUUUUAAGAUUAGUUGAGUUUAGUUAGAUCCUUGAUCCCAAUCCCACUUAUUAAGCACUUCCAAGGGCAAGAACUGUUGUGAAUCGUAGGAAAGUUUUGCUUGCUUCAAACAUGAACCAGGACUUCUCAAAAUUGUCGUAUAAGGAACUUCAAGCUCUGGCCGUGAAGAACCGAAUUCCUGGAAAUAUCAAGAAAAAUAUACUUGUCGAUAUUCUCGGGGCGCUGAAGUGCGGUGACGAAGGGCAAGUCCGUCGGAUUUUAAUUGAGUUAAAAGAAAAUCGUAAGAGGAAAGUUAGAAAACGGAAACUUGAAAAGAUGACUGCAGUAACCUCAACACCGCUGCACAGUCCGAACUAUUCUUCGUUUGAUGAUCGCUUUUACUCGCCUCAGCAUCUCUCACCGUACCACUGGGCACCGCCAGACGAAGAAAUUAUGAGAGACGAUUCACACUAUGAAAUUUUCCGGCAGUACCUGAUACACCGGAUUCAAACGGGUUAUCAGAACCUCGACGCAAAUAAUAAUAAUAAUAAUAAUAACGUAGCAGCAUUAAAUCUGAAGGCCAGCACAAUUGAAUCAGGCUCACGAUCAAGCUUUCUUGCCACAUCUUCUGCACAAAAUCCAGUUAUGCCUUCAUCUCUACCUGAAGGAUACCACGCAGGCGGCCAAAAUGAAUCACAAACUGCAAAUAAUUGCAACGAAAAUAACUACAGACCCAUGAUCCUACAAAAAAUGUUGCAAGCUCCUCUCGGCACGAAUUUGAGUGCCAUGGCUCGUCUUGAAGCUAAUCGAUUGUGGUCCUCUGAACAUUAUCGCUCAAAUCGAGAACUUUGGGAAAAUAAUUCAGACACAGUAACUGCAGGUUCCGAAAGCAAUGAUGAGAAUUGGGACGACCGCGCAGAUUUUUAUAAUCAAAAUCAACUUCCUCAGUUUACUCUUGAACAAAUGAUGCAUUUUUUCCAGACUAGCAAUCAAAAUGGAUUAAAUCAACACAAUAGCCAAUUCACUUACGCUCCUCCGAAUGUUCAAGAAAACUGUCAAUCCUGGAUUGAAAACAAUUCCGUCGACUACAGGGGACCUAUGGAUUACGUGGAGACAACUGAUUCGGCUAGGGUGUACGCGUCAUAUUCUGGAGUAGAGCAAACUAGUUUUCAGAAUCAAACUGAUGGAAGCUUCCCAGUUUUAGAGCAACCCCAGGGCGUGGCUAAUCACAGUGAAAUUACGGGUUUACAAGCUCAAAACGUGAACUCAUAUUACCACCAGUGGCCGGCCCAGCCAUCUCAACCUUAUCGAGCGGAUUAUUAUGAACAGACUAAUUUAUCAAACAUUUUCACCAGCAACGUUCCUUUCAACACUAACGUAACGCAACAAUUUUCGGGUUUGCAAACUCAAGAUUCCAUUCAGUAUGGAAUGUAUUCCCAGGAAUGUGCAACUUCGUCUCAUUCAAGUGUUGACCAAAUUCAAUAUUCGAUGUAUCAUCCCCAUCCAAAUUACAAUCAGCCGGUUCAUACGCUUUCCUCUAAUUUGGCACAGUCAAGUUACGGUAAUCUGGCAGGAGAUCAAAAUAAUAAUUUGAGGCCAACUGUAAACGGAAUACAGAAAGAAGGAAACAAUUUUCUGGAUCCAUACUGGCCGAAGUGGACGAAUAACAACUCAGGACAAUUUCGUUUGGAAAAUAUGCUAAAUCUGCAAACUGUUAGCACCACGGAUUGCUCAAAAUUGGACAACACGUGCACUGUUUAUUGUUUCGUAACCCCCUUGGUUUCUCAAAUAUCUGGUAUUUCGGGUUCCCAGAAAGUUGAACGGUCAGGACUCGUUACAGCAAAGAGGCAGUACACAAUCACAACCAACAGCUUAGUUUACAGCGACUCAACUACAGGUAUGAAAAUGGCCAAUUUGCCCAGUGAAAUUGCACGAAGUUCGGAGAGAACAGGGAGUGACGAGUCAAUUAUCACCUUAGAAUAUAUAUCAGACGACAGUCAUCAUCAUGAACCAAUUCAGGAAAUUUGGAUUCCUGAUUACAGCAAUCGCGACGAGCACGACUCUAAUGAUUUUCUCUCGUCAUCUUGCGAAACUAUUCCUGAGUAGAUAAACGUUUAAAACAACUGACUUCAAAAGGUAGGGCUUGUGUAGAUAAAAAAAAUAUCAAUCAGUCUGUGACUUAGCUUUGGUCUCUUAAAUUAAAUUAAAUCAGACUCAAAAUUCUGCUUGUAAUAGACAAUUAAGUCAUUUAGACAAUCUCGUACCGUUUGAAUCUUAGCUUCAUCAACUUAAGUCAAUGAUAAUGAUUUAAAUGAGUGAUAAUUCUGCCUUACCUUUCAUACUUCGUAUUUUAAGAGAUAUGCUUAGAUACAUAUAUAAGCAGCUUAUAUCAAAACAAAUGAAUUAGGUAUUAUAGAACAAGUGAUUUGAAUUUUUCAAAAUUAAAUUAUUCAAGCGUUACAAAUAGAUCAAAAUUUAAUUAGACCACUAGUGAAUAUCGCAUUGUACAGUAUUAUUCUCUAGACUUUUCAGUUAUAGGUAAAGACAAAUGUAAAGGGAUCGUUUAGAAAGUAUGUGUUUGAACUAUUUUUUUCCAGUUUCUUGUAAUUGGUAACAUUUUUUAAGUAAAUAUACUUAUUUACAUGCAUAAUUCAACGCUCGAUCAUAAUAGCUUUUAUAACAUUUAGUUGCUAAUUGUUAUUUAUAACAGUUGCCAUUCUACAGUUAAGAUCCAUCAGGACAGGUUCUUUGUGUUUCGUUACAAUUAUUUAUAAUUUAUAUAAUAUUCCGCUCCAAAUAUCUGAUUGGUAGAUCUCGGAUAGAGAUAAUACUUUAAACAUAAAUUAUUGAAGACAAAUCGCCGAUAAUUUAAUAGCGAUGUAUUUGUUAGACAGGCGAUUCUUGUGAUUUAGAAAGUUGCAAGUACUUUUAAAUAUUAUUAUGCGUAUAAUCUUUCAAAAAGAUUUAUAAUAAAUAUUUUGUGGAUCAUUACAAAUUUGACACAAAUUAAGAACCAGUCAGAUUUAAAAAUUCGAAUAUUAUCUGAAAAAUGUGAUUACCGAUAAUUACUACUAAAAGAUGUGCGGAAUGUAUAAGCAGUGAAAUUUUAGAAUCAUAUAGUCAAUUUACAAAUCAAUUAUGGUUAAGAUGGCGCUUAUUUUACUGAUGACCUUAUUUCAUGAAACUAUAUAACUUCGUAGAUACGAACUGAAGAUUGACACAAGAAUGUAAGAUGAUAACUUUUAGAUCUGAGUUUUUUUUUAAGUUUCAUUUUUCAGUUGAGAAAAAUUUGAUGAAAUUUUCAGAUUCGUAAAUGCACAAAGUAAACAUUGAGAAGAAUGUGCAAAAAUAUUUUGUCUAGAAUCCUAGUUACGGUUCUAUACUUUCACAGCUUCGUGAUAUGUCUAAUAUUUAACUGUUUAGAAUCAGCUUUUACGAAAUAAUUGUAUGAAUAAGUAAUGUAAGUAAAAAUGUUUAGCGGUAUAUCAUUGACAUAACGCGGACAGAUAUUCUAAAUCAUAUCAAAUGAAUGUCUUAUUAAUAGCUUUCUAAGGAUAUUUUUAUACCAGUUUUGAAGCAAUGAUAAAAUGAGCCUAGAUCAUUCAUUUUAGUAUGUUUGUAUUAGUAUACAAUCGAGUGUGAAAGACUCGUCCUAUUAUUUCUCUGAUCUACAUAUAUUUUGAGUUACUUAAAUUAAAAUUUAAAAAUAUUUAAUAUAUUGUAUGGAAUUUUAGAAGGAGGAGAUAAUUAUAGCAAAUAAAUUCUAUACG